AUGUUCAAAUAUACAUGUGAUGAACAAAAUGAAGAACCCCCUCAAGGGUUAGAAAAUAAACAAGGGAAAAAACUUGUUUUAGAAAAUUGUGGUUUGUAUAUGGAUAAAAAUAAAAAUGCAGGGGUUGUGUGUAAUAGGAUAACAGAAUUAAAUUUAAAUUCACGAAAAAAAAUUUCUUAUAUAAAAGGUGACAGUUCACAAAUGAAGAAUAUUUUAAAUCAUGUUGAUCAUAAAGAAUUAGAAACAUAUCCAGCGAGAAGACUUUUAACUUCUUAUUCAACAUACGAUAAUCAACAAAAAUAUUUUGAAACCAAACUUGUACCUGACAUGCAAGGUAAAAUGAGUAUAUGUGUAGGAAGAAAAAGUGGAAGUGCAACGGUUAAUAUUAAUAUUGAUGAAUAUGAUUUAGAAAAAACAUAUCAUACAUGGAAAAAAAUUUUGGGAAAAUCUGCUCCACAUAAUAAAUCAAGUUUAGAAAAUGACAGAUUUUUAACAGUUUCAGAAGAUGCUCAAAGAAGUGAUAAAUUGCCUAUAGUAAAAAAUCGAAACCCUCCAUAUGCUAAUCCUGAUGGGCCUUUUGAAAAAGAACGAUUAAAUUUACCUAAACAAGCAAGAGAUAAUUUGGAUAGAACAUUAACACCUUUAACAGAAUCUAAUAAGCCAAAUGUUCGUGUAAAAAAAAAUAAUAAUUUAUACAAAGACUCUUUUUUUUUGUUAAGAUCAGAUGAAAAUGAUAUACCCGAUGAAAAUAAAGGAGUAAGAAGAACCAACUUUCCUUGGAUCAAUUCUAAUAGAAUAAAAAAUAUUUUGAAUUAUAAUUAUGAGGAAAAUGUUGAAAAAACAGCUAAAAUUAAUGAUAAUAUGAAUAAUAUUUGGCUAGAUAAUCAGAAAAAUAAUCGCUAUGACCCAAAUUAUCAAAUAAAUUUAGAUAAUUCAAAUAAUUAUCCAUAUAGAGAAGAUAAUUUUCAAAAAUAUUCCCAAAUUUAUAAUAUCGAUGAUACAUUACCUACUAGUAAUGUCAAAUAUGGUGAUGCUCAUAAUUAUGAUUUGAAUUUACAAAAAGAAAAUAUUUCCCAUUUUGGAUCCAAUGAUAAAAAUAUAAUAAAUGAAAAUGAUCAUUACUAUUUAGAAAAUAAAAACUGUUGUAAUCAUGACAAAAUAAAAAAUUAUAAUGUAGCUAGCGAAUUAGACAAUAGUUCUCAUGAAUAUAUAAAUAGCUAUUCACACGUGGAUUCUGAAAAUUUUAAUGACCCCAACAUAUCUUACAAACCUCCAUCAAUGACAGAUAUUUCAUAA